AUGGCCAUACUAUAUGAAGACUGCUUCGUCGAGGUGAACGAAUACUCAGUGAAAAUCAAAAACUAUCAGUUCCCAUCAAAGAAAGCGAAAAACGUCGACGUCUCGACAAUCAAAGUGCUUUGGUUUGAGGAACAAAGGACAAGUAAUUGCUCUUCACCUGCGAAGAUUUGGGGAAAAUCACGAGCAACAAUUUACUGGGCUCUUGACGUCAAAAGGUCGUCUCCGGGUAAAUACAACAUUGUUCUCGACGUUGGUGAGUCUUUACGGCCUGGAUUCACAGUGUCUAAUGGCGAGGCUUUCAUGGAAGCAAUGCGAUGUGUACUCGACUAUCAUGUCAUUAUUGUCGAUAGCAUCAAUCUCUGA